AGCACGUCAGAGGUGCCACGGCUUGCUCAUUGGGUUCUAGCCACCAUGCCCAGGAUGACCUGGGAGCUGCACCUGCUGCUUCUGCUGGGGCUGGGACUCAGGUCCCAGGAGGCCCUACCACCCCCCUGUGACAGGGCAAGCCAAACCUUUCUCCCGAGCCUAAGCCUCUCCCAGCAAGUACAAAGAUGAGGGUUGCCAUCCUGCCUCCUGGACAUGGCGCUGCCAUUCCCUCCUCCACACGGACUGGAGACGCUCUCACGCCUCUCCUGCAUCACCAACUCUUGCAAGAAGGCCAGAUUUACUGCCAUGGGGAGCUCUUGCACCAAAUUCAGAUGGCUAAGCUCUACCAAGAUGACAAGCAGUUUGUGGAUAUGUCACUGGUCACAUCUCCAGAUGAAGUCCUGCAGAGUUUCAACGAGCUGGCUGCGGCACACAACCACAGCAUCCCCCGGGGACAGCUUCAGGAGUUUGUCCAGAGGCAUUUUCAGCCCGUGGGACAGGAGCUGGAUCCCUGGGUCCCAGAGGACUGGAAAGACAGCCCUCAGUUCCUGCAGAAGAUCUCAGAUGCCAAACUGCGCGCCUGGGCUGAGCAACUGCACCAGAUCUGGAAAAGGCUGGGGAAGAAGAUGAAACCGGAGAUUCUCAGCUACCCUGAGAGGUUCUCCCUGAUCUACUCAGAACACCCCUUCAUCGUGCCCGGAGGGCGUUUUGUUGAAUUCUACUACUGGGACUCCUACUGGGUGAUGGAAGGCCUGCUUCUCUCCGAGAUGGUGUCAACGGUGAAGGGCAUGCUACAGAACUUUCUGGAUCUGGUGGAGACCUACGGACACAUCCCCAAUGGUGGACGUGUGUAUUACCUGCAACGGAGCCAGCCGCCACUCCUGACUCUCAUGAUGGAUCUAUACGUGACUCACACCCAGAAUGUCAGCUUCCUGCAGGAGAGCAUUGGAACUCUAGCCUCAGAACUGGACUUCUGGACUGUGAACAGAACUGUCAUUGUGAACUCAGGAGGACGAAGCUAUAACUUGAACCGUUACUAUGUCCCUUAUGGGGGACCCAGGCCAGAGUCCUACAGCAAGGAUGCAGACUUGGCAAACACUGUACCAGAAGGGGACCGGGAGAAUCUGUGGACUGAGCUCAAGGCUGGGGCUGAGUCUGGCUGGGACUUCUCCUCACGCUGGCUUGUCGGAGGCCCAAACCCUGAUUUGCUAAGCAGCAUCCGAACCAGCAAAAUAGUGCCUGUUGAUCUGAACGCUUUCCUGUGCCAAGCGGAGGGGCUGAUGAGUAAAUUCUACUCUAGACUAGGGAAUGACACCGAGGCCACCAAGUACAGAAAUUUGCAGUCCCAGCGCUUGGCUGCCAUGGAGGCCGUCCUGUGGGACGAGCAGAAGGGAGCCUGGUUCGACUAUGACUUGGAAAAACGGGAGAAGAACCUGGAGUUUUAUCCCUCCAACCUCACCCCACUCUGGGCUGGCUGCUUCUCAGACCCCAGCGUCAUUGACAAGGCUCUGAAAUACUUGGAGGACAACCAGAUCUUGACCUACCAGUAUGGGAUCCCAACCUCUCUUCGCAACACAGGCCAGCAAUGGGACUCGCCCAAUGCCUGGGCGCCCCUGCAGGACCUGGUCAUCAGAGGUUUGGCCAAGUCAGAUUCCCCUCGGACUCGGGAGGUGGCUUUCCAGCUGGCCCAGAAUUGGAUCAGAACCAACUUCAAAGUCUACUCCCAAACAUCAGCAAUGUAUGAGAAGUAUGACAUCAGCAACGGUGGACAUCCAGGUGGUGGAGGGGAGUAUGAAGUUCAGGAAGGAUUUGGUUGGACCAACGGACUGGCCCUGAUGCUUCUGGACCGUUAUGGUGACCAGCUGACUUCAGGGACCCAGAUGGCUUCCCUGGGACCCCACUGCCUAGUGGCGGCCCUUCUUACCAGCUUUCUGCUACAUUGACUAAAAGGAUGAAAAUGGCCUCACUUCCUCCUCUGACUCCACCCCUUCCUUCUGCUGCCUCACACGCAGCCCACCUCCGGCUGUCCUGUUCACAGUGCCCUGGAGCUAGAGGUGACCAGGUCAAGCCUGGGGACUGGAUUCCCCCUGUAACCUUCACUAGGGUGGAAAGCCCUACUCUUGGGAAAACGGGAUCCAAAUGGCUCAAGUGCCCCACCCGGUACCACAUACAACCUGGACUUCCACACACA